AUGGGGUUCAAAAUUACAAACUUUACCGGUGACCCAUUUGCUAUAGCCACCGUGCUGUUUGGGAUCAUUGCGUGGGCAAUAUCGGUGGCAGGAGCAGCCGCUUCGACUCAGUCGUUGUUUCCUCAUUUCUCGUGGUGGGGCAUAGCAUACCAGAUAGUCAUCAUAUUGAUCAUAUUUAUCCUUUAUGCCAACAACAACAUCGAGUUAUACAAAUUCACCUUGGUUGGCUUGGUCAGCAUCGGGUUUAUUUACACCACCAACUCGACCAACAACUUAAUCUACAACUCCGGCUCGUCUGGGAAUUUGUGUUGUGCCGCUGGCUGCAUCUUGUCAAGCAUCUUGAAUCUCAUUUGGAUCUUGUAUUUUGGAGGACACCCCGAACUGCCAACUAACCAGUUUAUCGAUUCAUUCAGCUACAGACACCAUGCUCAUGAGCAAUUGGGGAACAACAGGUCCUCGGUGGUCAAGAAUGAGCCCUUUGAAGAGAGCGAAGCCGGUUUUGGAAGAUUCAACACGGCAGCAAACGGCGUCGCCCCGGGCAACAUGGCCCAGUUUUCCGCUGGUGCUGCAAACAGACAAUCGCAUCCACACUCGCCUCCAUCAGCUGCAAGCAACUAUAUCCAACUGUCGCAAUUGAACGGGUUGGAAAACUUUAGUGCACUGGAUGUACCCAACGGCCUGGGCCGUGAUUUGACUCAAAACAACGGCGCCAAGAGAACUACCUUUUAUACUGAUUCUGAAGUUGGAACUGGAAUUACCUUCAGGUACAAGGCCAAGGCUCUUUACAGCUACACUGCCAAUCCAGACGAUAUCAAUGAAAUCUCGUUUGUCAAGGAUGAAAUCUUGGAAGUUGACGAUAUUGAUGGCAAAUGGUGGCAGGCCAGAAGGGCUAAUGGACAGGUUGGUAUCUGUCCUUCGAAUUACGUGAAAUUGAUUGAUAAUUAA